AUGAAUGAGAUCGAAUUGAAACCUCUUAAAUCCAAUAAGGUUUAUUAAUCCUAACCAUUUAGAGGUGGAAAUAUAAUAGAAGAAAAAAAUUUAAUUUUGGCAGUUAGGAAAUAAGGAUUUUGUAUAAUUAAUUAAAAUACGCAAAAAUAACAGAUGAUUUUUUUACACCAAAACAGCAGCACAGCAAAUCAUUAUAAAUUGUCAGGUAAUCAUGCGAAAAUUAUUAUUUUAACAAUUUAAUAUAAUAAAUCUAUCAUAUCGAAGUUACAAAUGCAGCAAUUAAAAAGUAAAGCUGAAACUAGUUUUAUUGAUACAGUCUCGAAUAUGAUGAAAUUUAUUAAUGAUUAAUAAGCAUUUUAAUAAACAUCCAACAUAAAAGAAUUCGAAGAUAAUUUGGAAACCAUCUAAGAUAAAAGAGAACUACUCAGCAUUGGAUCAAUAAUUCAAAUCCUCAUUAAAUCUGAAAAGGUUCAGGAGAAGAAGAACUACUUGCUUAAGAUUAACUUUAAGAUACAAACAAAAAUUUUGGAGUAAAAUUAAAAUUUGGGUGCGUUUAUUGAUGAAUUGUUUGAAAAAAAUGGUUAAGGAAUUGGACUGUCUUUUUUAAAUAAUGAUGGUAGUUUUGUGCUUUCAGAUUUGAGAACUCGAGAGCUUUUAGAGACUACAAAAACUGCUAAUGAUUCUAAACACUUAUUACAAUUUUGUUCGUAAGCUGGGUAAAAAACUCUUUAUAAGUAAUUUAAAAAUUGGCCAAUUUUACUUGAUGAGGAUGAAUUAUCGAAAGACUUUUUCAUGACUAUCUAUUCUGAAAGAAUGAGAAGAAAGGCAUUAAAACAUUUAGCUGCACUGGGCAAUCAAAAAUUGAAGUAAUCCUAAUUUCAAAUUCAUGGAGAUCAAAGUAAGAAAAAUAAGAAAAUGAUUAAAGAAGAAAUUAAGUUGAAUUAACAUGAGGCCAUCAAAAUUAAAUUUCUCAAAACAGUAUAAAUUAAAUUAACUAAAUUAACAAUCAAUGUCACUUAAGAAUUUUAGUAAUCAGUUUAAGAAAGUGCCAUAUUUUAAGGUAGUUCGAAUUUAGAUUAUAUGGCAGAAAAUUCGUAAUAAUAUUUCUAAGUUGUGAAAUGUGAAAUUAUAUUAUGCUAGGAAAUUGAAUAUAUUAGCCCUGAAGAAAUUAACAAAGAUCAUAAACUAUAAGAAUACGAAAGAAAAUGGUAAGAAAAGUGUAAGAAAAUUAAAGAUUAAAUUAUGCAUUUGAGAUAAGACAAUAUUCAUAGUUAGGAUUAAAGUUUGAUUUAUUUUAGCGAGCCUGACUAUGAAUUAAGCAAUGUUCGGAUUUGA